AAUAGGAAAUAAGCAGAGGCAAGGAACCCGGAAGUGGGAAAGUCAGAAACUACAGCAACUCGGAAAGUACACAACAGUUACAACAUCAGCAAAGUCACUUCAUAUGAGUCCGAUGAUCACACCUUUUCAUCAGACUCUCUUUAGUGAUCCACCAUGGUUUAAGGCAGUGAAGAAAACUGAAUACUGUUGAAGUUAUGAACACUCUGGAGCUAGCGGCACAGCUGGAGGAGUGUCUCCACCUGGCAAGGAGAGACAUCACCGCAGCGGACAAGAUGAUGUUCAAGAAUGUCAGAGGCAUGCUGUCGGCCGAACUGAACACACUCCUGCAGGAGGCGGUGGACAUGAAGUGGCCUUUUGUCGAAGAGAAAUGGCAGUACAAGCGUUCUGUGGCAUCAGAAGACAAAGUCAACACUACAGAGCUCAUUGGCAGACAUCUACCACAGCUAAUGGUCCUCCUCAGAGCGUCCAUCAUGGCUGCCGAGCCUGCAUGGGCAAUGUCCGUCAUCUUUCUGCUGGACCGCUUUCUCUACUGGAUAGACGGCUCACACUCUCUGCUGAAGACCGCUAAAACACUACACCUGCGCUACCCAGAAACCCCGGUCUCCCCCCAGAUCAUCAUUCGGCAGGCCAGAGUCUACCUCAACACCGGUAAACUACAGAAAGCAGAGUACAUACUGAGCAGUCUGAUAAAUAACAAUGGAGCAACUGGAUGUUGGAAAUACCGACGGGAUUGCGAUCGGCUUCUUGUGCAGUCAGUCAGCGUGCAAGUUCGGGGACAGGUGCUACAAAAGCUAGGUCUGUGGCUUGAGGCAGGAGAACUCAUCUGGGCUUCGCUUGUCGGUUUCCAUAUCCUGCCUCUUCCUGAUAAAAAGGGUAUUGGAGCAUCUCUUGGGCUUCUGGCAAACAUCCUGGUCUCUAUGAACGAUAAAGACUUUGCUACAUUUCAGAAGAAGCCCCAUAUCAAACUGGGGUUUUUAGGAGACUGUAGUCAUCGACUGCUCUGCGCAGCUCAGGCUGCCAAAAUGGCCACCGUGUAUAGUCAGUUCAGCUCUCUGUAUGUACUUACACACAUGGUUACUCAAGGAACCUGUCUCCUGUCCUACAGUUUUUCCAAAGACUGUCCUGCUUCAGCUAAGCGCACGUAUCUCACUUUGGCUAAGGAAGCCUUCGAGAAUGGUUUGCUAACGAAGAAAGAGGACGAAGUGGUCACUAGUCAACAGGAACUAUACACACUCCUCAAAGCGGCUUACUGCUUAGCCACAACCAACAAAUGGAUGUUUGGUCCGAGUGAAGAUGUUAACGCGGCUGUUCAAGCUUGCCAGGAAGCUGUGGUUCUUUUUUAUUCGUACUGCUUUAAAGACGACUCUCAUAAGAGCACUCUUUCUUCUCAGGUCAUAGCCAAGAUACAACUUGUUAAGGCGCUUCUCAAAACGAAGCCCUUCACUAAUUCUGACCCACGUUCGUUUAUUCCCGAUAGUUAUCGUGCCUUAGAGGGCAGACCGGUCCCGUUCACCAUAGACGAUUUUGCAAAGGUCAUGGAAUGUUUUCGGAAGCACCACAAAUCGGUGUGUGAAGCGUUUUCCGUGCAGAAACGUGAAGGAAUCCAUCAAGACGUGAGUCAUGCUAAUUGUAUCACAGCCUUCCAAACGCGAACCGAGUCACUUGCAACAGAAUGUCAUACUGCAAGCCAUAAAUCAAGUGAACGCCAGCUGGAGAUCGAAAACAAAAAAAAUUUGUCCGAGCCCAAAAUCUCAGGUCGGCUUGCAGAAACCAUGGAUAGUGAGGAAAAGAAGCCGGAUACCAAAGGCCAAAAAGCAAAAAUUACAAGAAUGUCUGGAGGAAGCAGCAGUUUAGGAUCUUCGUGGACAAAUCUGUCUGGUAAUAGUCCGACUUCACCAGUCCUAGUCGAUCCUUUCUGUUACACAGAAGUAGACGACGAUGAUGGUUUUGACAACAAGCAGAAUGAUAUUGAAGGCAAAAGUGCUAACAUUAGCAAUCAAACUACAACCGAUCUUUCCUUUCAAGCUAGCGCAUAUCAUCCAAAGAGGACCAUGCAAGAGCUUUGCACCACUUUGGGAAGCGAAGACAACAAUGAUGGCAGUACAGGAGCUAGUAUGUCAAAUGCUAGUCAUCAAACCUGCACAGAGUUUUCCUUUCUCGCUAGCGCUAGUCAACAGCAGUCAAAUCAACUUUGCACCACCUUGGGAAGUGAAGAGAGAGAGAGAGAGCAACUUCAAAUCACCAGUCAUUUUGACGGGAAAGACAAAAAGACAAGAACUUCAUCGGGGUCCAUUAGUAGCUUGGGCUCUUCAUGGCAAAGUAUCUCAUUCUCCAAAUCACCUCAUACUGGAGGUCUUACUGAGGUCUUGGAGAACAAGCAAGCGGUCGAUCAAAACUGUGACACGGUACCGAGUGAGGAUGGCCCCGGUGGUUCCUUCGAGUAUCUAAACCUCAAUUCUUCAGCAUCGUCAAUUCAAAAAGAACACUUUAGCCCUUCCUGCCAGACAGGAAACGAUGCAAGCAAAGCCCAGACGGGAAGUUUCGAUCACAAACAGUUGUUCCCAUCUACUGAGCUCGACUCGUUUGAAUUUUUGCAGGUUGAUCGGUCGGAAAUAACGCAAGGAAACACAUCUGCGGCGAACAAACAUAUGAACGACAACAUAAAGGUUUCUCCUCCUGCUGAAACUAAAGACGACGCCUCCAAAUUUUCUCGGAUGUCUGGAAAAAUGAUCGAGAACACAGAUAGUGAUCAGCACUGUCUGAUGAACUGUCGCAACGGCUGUUUUCAGGGUUGCAAGAUGGGAAGUGUAGUUCUGACAGAGCAGGACUACAGAUCCCUCCUAUCAGGAGUGUGCCAACGCUGCCUAUUGACAAGACUUCCAGAAAAACCAUUUAAACUCCGCCAUUACAACAAAGCUUAUAGUGCACUUGUGUUAAAAUACUCCAAGACUACGGACUCAUGGACCGCCUGCGAGACGAAUGUGUACGUGGGUGAAGUGCUAAAGAUGGAUGUUGAAGGAAGACAGAGACAGGCCUUCAGAGUUCAGUAUCUACACCAGGAACUACUGCUGGGCAGUUAUGUAGGUAAGGAGUAUUUGAAAGAAAGGAAGAUUGAUACACACCUGGGCGAUGUGGAAAGACAGAUGACGGCUCAGUUUUAUGUCAUGGAGUUCAACAAGCGGCUUUAUGAGAACAACAUCACCACACAGAUCUUCUACCUUCCCUCUGAGCUACUACUGCUCCUGGAAUCCGACACCAUCUUGGCCUGCAUUUCAGUGGAGCCGUACAUGCUAGGGGAGUUUGUGAAACUCACCAACAACACGACGAAAAUCAACAACCAGCAUUCGACCACAGAAUACGGCAUCGCGUUCGGACACUUCACUUAUGAGUUCUCCGACGGCCAAGAGGUGGUGGUUGACCUGCAAGGCUGGAUGAUGGCAAAUGGGAAAGGACUGAUGUACCUUACAGAUCCUCAGAUCCACACGCUCAGGAAGCCCAAAUCUGUCAAUAACUUCCACAACAACGGUAUCAGGAAGUUCCUACAGGAUCAGCACGGGAAGCAGUGCAACUCCAUCUGUACGAGGGCUGCACUACACACACUCCCACUACAGAGUGAAAAUUAGCAUGAUAACAAUCUUUACCGAGAUACUGACAGUCCAAACUAAUGUUACAGGUUUUUAUAGUAUAUAUAUCACAAUUUCUACUUAUAGUUUCAUGUUUUUAAAGAGGAAAACAUUAAAAGCCAUAACUGCACAUAUGGAUGGACCCCAAGUUCCUCCGCUAAAGCCACGAGUACCCCAUCGAGCCUUCCAUCACACCUCCUUACAAAUUACAGGGACUUGUGUAAUUUCUAAGAAUUUAUUUAUUUAUUUACACAAUGUGUUAUUUCUGUUUUUAUUUUUCUUGUCAGUUCUCUCAUAUACGUCCUAUACAGCAGCUUUUGAUUCCUUUUGUGAUUGACGACAUGACUACAAUCUCAAUCUUUUUAAGAGAUUUAAAUAAAUGAUAUGCACAGCUUAAUAAA